AUGAUGCGUGCUCCGGUGCUCUCCAAAAUCUCUCAGGCAUGGUGGAAGAGUGCAGUGGUCUACCAGAUCUAUCCCCGAAGUUUUAAGGAUUCCAAUGGAGAUGGUAUCGGUGACAUCAAUGGUAUUCGCCAAAAGAUCCCAUACUUGAAAGAUCUUGGAGUGGACGUUAUAUGGUUGUCGCCAAUCUACAAGUCUCCGCAAGUCGAUAACGGAUAUGAUAUUUCGGAUUACUAUGACAUUUCAAAAGACUUUGGCACAAUGAAUGAUAUGGACGCCCUCCUAUCAGAAGUCCACAGCAGUGGUAUGAAAGUGCUUAUGGACUUGGUAGUAAACCAUACCUCAGAUCAACAUGAAUGGUUUCUGGAAUCUGCUGCGUCAAAGACAAAUCCGAAACGAGACUGGUAUAUUUGGCAUAAAGGGUCUGGAGUUAAUGGAGAUCAACCCCCAAAUAACUGGAGAGCCGCUUUUCAGGGCAGCGCUUGGACGAGACAUCCGGCUACAUCAGAAUAUUAUUUGCAUCUGUUUGCUAUACAACAACCUGAUUUGAAUUGGAAGAAUCCGGAAGUUCGUGCUGCUGUCUUCAAGCUUAUGAAUUUCUGGCUUGAUCGUGGGGUCGACGGGUUUCGAAUGGACGUCAUCAACUACAUUGACAAAGAGGACGGAUUUCCAAACGCGCCCAUCACUGACAGUCGAGAGUUUCUGCAAAGUCCGAGGAUUCACAUCACCGACAAACCACGAGUGACAGACUACCUUAGAGAAAUGUAUGAAAAGGUCUUUGAAUGGAGACCGGAAGUAAAGAUGACUGUUGGCGAGUGCCCAGAUUCAACGAUCGAAUCUGCCUCACAGUAUACCAAUCCGGCAAACAAGAACCUGCAAAUGAUCUUCCACUUCCAGCAUGUAUCUCUCCGCUCCAAGAUCCCUGGAAAGUCAUACGAUUUCGUUGAGUUCAAAAAAAUUUGGGCAAACUGGGAUGCUAAAUUGAACGCUAACAAUGGAUGGAAUUCGAUCUACUUUUCAAAUCACGAUUCACCGCGCACGACUUCGAGGUUUGGAUCUGACAAGACUGAGGCACUUCGGUCAGCAUCAGCGAAAUGCUUUGGUACGGCACUCCUUACUCAUCGUGCUACCGCCUAUAUGUAUCAAGGAGAGGAGCUCGGCAUGGUCAACAUUGGUGACAAAUUCAACAUUGAGGACUAUCAAGACAUUUCCACAGUCAACCAGCAAAUAUCACGUUUUGCUCCAACGACCCGACUACGAUGCCCACCCAACGGAGGUUUCACAACCGGCAAACCAUGGCUCAAAAUGAACCCCACAUACCAAACAAUCAAUGCUGAAUUACAACUAUCGGAUCCAGAUUCAGUGUUUCAUCACUUCAAAGCCUUGAUCGAGCUUCGUAAACAGCACGAGAUUAUCACGUAUGGUGAUUAUACAGUGCUGACGCUGGAGCAUCCGACGCUUUGGGUGUAUUUGCGUAGGUUGGAUGAUGAGGCGUUGUUGGUUGUGUGUAAUGUGUCGGAGGAAGAUGGGACGGUCAUUGUGGGAGAAUGGGGUGACGUUGAAGUUGUCGCCAUUCGAGUCUCAAAUAUGGUUAUUUAA